AUGUCGACCGAUAAGAUUACGUUCUUGACGAACUGGCACGCCACGCCAUACCACGCACCGCUUUACCUAACCCAAGCCAAGGGCUUCUUCAAAGAUGAGGGCAUCAAGGUCGCCAUCAUGGAACCCAACGACCCCAGCGACGUGACCGAAAUCAUCGGCACCCAAAAAGUCGACCUAGGCUUCAAAGCCAUGAUCCACACCCUCGCGGCCAAAGCCCGCAACUUCCCCAUCACCUCCAUUGGCUCUUUGCUAGACGAGCCCUUCACCGGCGUCGUCUACCUGAAAGACAGCGGCAUCACUACCGACUUCCGCACCCUUAAGGGCAAGAAAAUCGGCUACGUGGGCGAAUUCGGCAAAAUCCAAAUCGACGAGUUGACCUCCCACUACGGGAUGCAGCCAACUGACUAUGAGGCCGUGCGUUGUGGGAUGAACGUCUCCAAGGCCAUCAUCAAGGGCGAAAUCGAUGCGGGUAUUGGUCUGGAGAACGUCCAGAUGGUCGAACUCGCCGAGUGGCUCACUUCCGUUGGACGUUCAAAAGACGAUGUCCAGAUGCUUAGGAUCGACGAGCUGGCUGAGCUGGGAUGUUGCUGCUUUUGCAGUAUUCUUUACAUCGGUAAUGAUGCCUUCAUCGAGGCAAACCCGGAGAAGGUAAAGUCCUUCAUGCGCGCCGUCAAACGCGCUACGGACUUUGUCCUCUCUGACCCAGAAGCUGCCUGGGCGGAGUAUGUUGACGUCAAGCCUGUGAUGGGGAGCGAGCUCAACCGUAAGAUCUUUGAGAGGAGUUUUGCGUACUUUUCGAAGGAUUUGAGGAAUGUGCAGAGGGACUGGGAGAAGGUUACCAAGUAUGGGAAGAGGCUGGGUGUGCUUGACGCUAGUUUUGAGCCGAACUACACCAAUGAGUUCCUUGAAUGGACUGGCGAGGGUGACCAGGCUGAUCCGACUGGGGACCAGAAGAGGAUGGUUGAGCUGCAGAAGGUUGUGGCAGAGCAGGGCGGAUUCCACCGCUUGGAUGUGAAGAGGGCUGUUGCUGCUAGUGCUUAA